AUGCCACGGGAGGUUGAAGCCCGGCAGAUCCGCUACUCGGUGCCUGAGGAGCUAGAGAAGGGCUCUUUCGUGGGCAACAUCUCCAAGGACCUGGGUCUGGAGCCCCGGGAGCUGGCGGAGCGCGGAGUCCGCAUCGUCUCCAGAGGUAGGACGCAGCUAUUCGCUCUGAACUCGCGAAGCGGCAGCUUGGUCACUGCGGGCAGGAUAGACCGGGAGGAGCUCUGCGCUCAGAGCUCGCGGUGCCUGGUGAAUUUUAACAUUCUUGUGGAAGAUAGGGUGAAACUUUUCGGGAUAGAAGUAGAAGUAACUGAUAUCAACGAUAAUGCUCCAAAAUUCCAAGCAGAAAAUCUAGACGUAAAAAUUAAUGAAAAUGUCGCCCCAGGAAUGCGUUUUCCUCUCCCGGAAGCUGUUGAUCCGGAUGUGGGCGUGAACUCUUUACAGAGCUACCAGCUCAGCCCCAAUAAGCACUUCACCCUAGCAAUUCAGAGCCGUGCCAAUGGCGUCAAGUACCCGGAGUUGGUGCUGGAGCGCGCCCUGGAUCGCGAGGAAGAGGCGCUGCACCACCUGGUCCUCACUGCCUCCGACGGGGGUGACCCUCUCCGAUCUGGCACUGUUCUCAUCAUUGUGACUGUCUUCGAUACAAAUGACAAUGCACCGGUCUUCACCUUGCCCGAAUACCGAGUGAGUGUUCCGGAGAACUUGCCUGUGGGCACACAGCUGCUGACAGUCACUGCCACCGACAGAGAUGAAGGAGCCAAUGGAGAAGUAACAUAUUCAUUCCGAAAAUUACCUGAUACACAAUUGUUGAAAUUCCAACUAAACAAAAAUACUGGGGAAAUAAAAAUAUCAGAAAAUCUAGAUUAUGAAGAAACAGGUUUCUAUGAAAUAGAAAUACAAGCGGAAGAUGGAGGAGCGUAUCUUGCAACUGCUAAAGUGUUGAUUACAGUAGAAGAUGUAAAUGACAACAGUCCAGAGGUGACCAUCACGUCUCUGUUUAGUCCCCUGAUGGAAGAUUCACCUUUGGGAACUGUUAUAGCCCUUUUAAACGUGCAUGAUUUAGACUCUGGGCAGAAUGGACAGGUCACCUGUUCCAUAUCGGGGAAUCUACCAUUUAAGUUAGAAAAGUCCAUUGAUAGUUAUUAUAGGUUGGUGACAUACAGAGCCCUUGACAGGGAACAGGUAUCCUCUUACAACAUCACAGUAACAGCCACAGAUGGAGGGAGUCCACCUCUAUCAACAGGAAUUCACUUCACCCUGCAAGUGGCAGAUAUCAAUGACAACCCACCCACAUUCUCUGACAUCUCCUACUUUACCUAUAUCCCAGAGAACAACCCCCGAGGUGCCUCUGUCUUCUCAGUGACUGCACUAGACCCAGACAGCAAAGAAAAUGCUCGCGUUAUUUACUCUCUAGCUGAAGACACUAUCCAGGGGGCACCUCUAUCUUCCUACAUCUCCAUCAACUCUGAAACAGGAGUCCUGUAUGCGCUGCAGUCCUUCGACUACGAGCAAUUUCGUGAUCUGCAGAUGCAGGUGACUGCCACCGACAGUGGGGAUCCACCACUCAGCAGCAACGUGUCACUAAGCCUGUUCAUACUGGACCAAAAUGACAACGCACCUGAGAUCCUGUACCCCUCCCUCCCCACUGAUGGUUCCACUGGCAUUGAGCUGGCACCCCGCUCUGCAGAGCCCGGAUAUCUAGUGACCAAAGUGGUGGCAGUGGACAGAGACUCAGGCCAGAACGCCUGGCUGUCCUACCGCCUGCUCAAGGCCAGUGAGCCAGGGCUCUUCACCGUGGGGCUGCACACGGGCGAGGUGCGCACGGCGCGGGCACUGCUGGACAGAGACGCACUCAAGCAGAGCCUGGUGGUGUCCGUCCAGGACCAUGGCCAGCCCCCUCUCUCGGCCACCGUCACGCUCACCGUGGCUGUGGCCGACAGCAUCCCAGACAUCCUGGCUGAUCUGGGCAGUCUAGAGGUCCGGCACGACUCGGACGCUUCAGAACUCACCUUGUACUUGGUGGUGGCGAUAGCUGCGGUCUCCUGCGUCUUCCUCGCUUUUGUCAUUGUGCUGCUGGCGCUCAGACUGCGGCGCUGGCACAGGUCCCGCCUCCUCCAGGCUUCAGGAGGCGGGUUGGUGGGCGUGCCCGCCUCGCACUUCGUGGGCGUGGAUGGGGUGCGCGCUUUCCUGCAGACCUAUUCCCACGAGGUCUCCCUCACCGCGGACUCGCGGAAGAGUCACCUGAUCUUCCCCCAGCCCAACUACGCGGACACGCUUCUCAGCCAGGAGAGCUGUGAGAAAAAGGAUCCUUUGUCUUUGUUAGAUGAUUCGAAGUUUCCUAUAGAAGAUACCCCUUUGGUUCCAUCACCUAAUCCCAGUGAAGGCCUGUUGUCAUAA